CUUAAAUAGUGUGGAUGUGAUGUCAAUGUCGGAGUUUGAACACUGAAACAUAAAUAAUAGUGUUUUUACAAUCAAAAUACUCUAAAAUAUGCUUGCGUAUAAUUUUGAGUUUAGAGGCAUUGUAUAGUUUUCAAAAGAUGAUUGGAAAAGGAUUAACCAACUCCGAUUGUACAAUGAAUGAUACAGACAAAUUGACACUACCGGCUAACAAUUAUUGCAGGGACUUCAUUCGUGGUUUUUGCACCCGGGAAAACUGUCGUUAUAUACAUGAAGUUCCACCCAUCCCUUGCCUUAAGGACCUUUUUAGAUUCUGCCACGAUUUUCAAAAUAAAGGUUGUUUUAGGAACAAUUGUAAAUUUAUACACAGCAGUGUUGAAGAGGAAGAAAAUUUUUAUUACACUGGCGUUUUUCCUCGUGAUUCUCGAAAUGCACCAGUUUGUCAAGCUUAUUUACAUGGUGCCUGUGCUAAUCAGGACUGCAAGUUUGUUCAUACUCCAGAUGUAGUUAGCAAAGAUGUUGUUCCAGUACAUGUUACAGUUCCUACUCAAUUCAAUAGACCACCUCCACCAAUCAGAGAUGAGGACUCACCACCAGAAGCCAAGUUCAGAAGAUUUACAUAUGAUGAUAAUAGCUUAGAGAAACAAGUGUUGUCUGCAUCUAAUUUAUGUCCAAAUUGUGAAAGUUUAGAUCAUAAAGUUAAAUUAUUACAUGAUAAUAUAAGUGUAUUGCUUAAGAAAGUAGCAGAUUUGACAGAGAAAAAUGUCCAGCUGACUUCUAUGAAUGAAUUUUUAUUGGAACAGACAGCAUCUGUUCGAUCUGAUCAACCUUGUGUAAUUACAUCAAGGCAUUGUACUUCAGCUCCUGUUUCACUUGCAACUGUUAGUAUGACACCUGUGGUGAGCUUAGCUGGAGCUUUGCCAGCAUUGGUACCAGCAGCAGCUACACCUAAUCUAGCACUAGCUCCUGCUGCUUCCAGAGCACAAUUGUUAACACCAGCUCCUCAAAUUUUAACUGUAAGUACCACCCAGCAGCUCAUGGGUAAUUCUGGAGCUCUCAUAGUGACAAGUGCUGGAGCGCAACAACUUAUGCAAGUUAGUGACUCGGGGACUUUGAUGGGUGGAGGACAAACAGUUGUAGCAGUUACUCCUGCACAACUCACCUUGGCACCACCAGCUCAGCAGCUGAUGAGCAAUGCACCACAAGCAACAGUUCAACAAUUAGUUCAGCAAUCAGCAUUACAGUCACAAGUUGUACCACAGCACCAAAAUCCACAAUUUGCUGCCCAACAAUCUGCAGUGCAGCAAUUAGCAGUUGCUCAGCAGUCUGCUCAACAUUUAGCAGCUCAACAAUCAGCUCAGCAUUUAGCUGCACAACAGUCAGCGCAACACUUAGCUGCUCAACAAUCAGCACAACACCUAGCAGCUCAACAGUCUGCUCAGCAUUUGGCAGCACAGCAAUCUGCACAACAUUUGGCAGCAGCUCAACAAUCUGCACAGCAAUUAGCAGCAGCAGCACAGCAGUCGGCCCAACAAAUAGUUGCACAACAAUCAGCCCAACAGCUUGCAGUUCAGCAAUCAGCUCAACAACAAUUAGUGCCAUCAGCUCAACAGUUAGUGCACCAGACAUCUACACAACAGAUAACAAUCUCAAGCACUAGUCAACCUAUGGCAUUGCCAAAUUCACAGGCUCAGCCUAUAACAUUCCCAAUUAUUUCACAGAGCAUACUGCCCCAUUAAAACAGUAUUCUUAGAAAAGUUGUUGUCCAACUUGUCAAAAGUAGUGAUAUAACUUUAAGAGGUAUUUUA